GUGUCAUAGUAUGUAAAGUGCUUUGUGUUCAAAAGUUAGUAGUUUUUCUCCUAUUACUGGAAACAUAAUCGUGUCAGUCUUCAAACUUAAAUUGUGACGAGGGUAUUUAAUUUGGUUAAUGGUAGACACUCAUAGGGCUUAUCAUUUUUUGUUAAACAGUUUUAUUUUAAUUUAUAGAUGUUUGCCAGGACUAAAUAUAGCUGAUGAAAUAUCUGACCUUUUCUUCUCAAGAAGCUGGUUUAAUUGAUUUAUUUUCCCUAUAAGUGAGAAGUCAGAAACUAUCAAAGUUUCCCAUAAUAAAAAGUAAUGGUUUGAGUAUUCAAGGACAAUAGCCAUCUGACUUUGGUUAUUCAAUAUGCAGAACAGACAAGGAUAUUGCAGCUAUUGCUGUGUGCACUAUAAUAACCUGGAACAGCAUAUAUCCAGUGAUCAGCACAGAUACUUGACCACACAGAGUAGACAAUGGAUGGGUACAACUAGUUUGAUGGAACGUUUCUUGCAGGAUGUACUGAGGCACCACCCAUAUCAUUAUCAAGAAAGCAGAUCAGUGCAAAAUGAGAGACUUCAUAUGACUACUGUGUCACCUUCUGGAGUGGUUCCGAAUGACGAUUUUGUUCCUGAAGUAAUGACUGAGGAUGCUACUGGAGUCAGAGAAGAGAUGUCUUCCAAGGCUUUUGAACCUAUUGAAGAGCUGUAUUCUAGACCUAGUAAAUCUCAGGAAUAUAUACAGAGUGUUUCAAUUCGACCAUCAGUUAUUCAAAAACUGGAGAAAGGACAGCAGCAGCCCUUGGAGUUCAUUAAUAAAAUUGGGAGCCGUAUGAAAGAAUUUAAUCCAGUUGGUAUUGGUCAUGCUACAAAUAAUAGACAAAACGUAAUAUAUUCAUCAGUGGUUUCUAAUGCUCCUGUUAGUUGUUUACCUGAAAGUUCUCAUGAAAGACCAGUUACAACUAAUGCUACUACUGGGUUACCACUAGCAUCCCAUUUGGAUUCAGUUAACAAGUGUGACCCAAACAAAGUUGACAAAUACUUUAAACAGCUAGACAGGGGCUCUAGAAACCCUAUGCUACCACCCCAUCCAGAAACUUCUUCAGUAACUUAUCAGAAACCUAAAGAAUCAAACAACAAAUCUUUAAGUAUAGAUUCAGAUAAAUUGGUUAUACAGGAAGGUGUAAAAUCUCAGGGUAAAACUUUGUCAACUGGCUCUAAAGUCCAUGAAUUUGUGGGUGCUGAAGGCUCCUUAAAAUUGGAAUCUCUUUCCAGAUUUACAGUAAACCCAGCAGUCAACCUGAAUAAAACUGACAUGCCUUCUAAUAAAGGAAUCUUUGAAGAUGGCAUUCCAAAGCACCCUGAGAAAUUCUUUCCUAAUAUGGAUCAUACCCAAGAAGGAAAGCAUUUGGUCUUUAACAAGUCAGCCUCUUUGGAACAGAAGAUCUCAGUGAGUUCUGAAAUGAAGUUUGCUGGUGGCUAUCUUCAGUCAGCAUCUGAUCACCAUGAAGAGGCUGUGCCAGACCUUUGGAAGGAGGAGCAAAUUGACCAAGAAGAUAAGAACUGUGAAUCAAGAGGUUCUGAAAUGAGUUUUGAUGGCAGUUCCUCUUUUUAUUCACUGACGGACCAAUCUAAAGUGACUGCCAAAGAAAUAAACCUCUUAAAGGAAGUACAUGCUGAUUUGCAGUAUAAGAACAAUAAAUCUUGUGUUUCUGAAAUAAGCUCUGAUUGUGAUGGCUCCCUUCAGUUGACUUCCAACCAAACUCAAGUAAUUGUUAAAGAUGUAAGUGUUCAGAAGGCAAUGCAUAUUAGGCUGGUUGAUGAAAGCUAUGAAUCUAGUGAUUCUGAGAUGAAUUUUGAUUGUGAUGCCUCACUUCAGUCAACUGAUAACUACCCCCAACAGCCUGAAAAAGAAGUAAACCUUCCCAAGGGGGGACACGUUGGCUUGGUUGAUAUGAACUAUGGAUCUAGUAGCUCUGAAAUAAGUGCUGAUUCUGUUUUCUCACUUCAGUCAGUGGUUGGCCAAUUCCCAGUGGCUGUCACAGAAACAAAACUUUGGAAGAAGGUUCACAUUAGCUUGGUUGAUAAGAACUAUGGAUCGAGUUGUUCUGAAACAAGUUUCGAUUGUGAUGUUUCUCUUCAGUCAGUAGUUGACCACCCUCAACUGGCUGUCAAAGAAAGAAACCUGGAGGAUAGGCUUGUCUAUCUGAAAGAUAAGAAUUGUAAGCCUAGUAGUGCUAAAGCACAUCUUGAUUGUGAUGUCUCUCUUCAGACCAUGACUGAUGAACCUCAGAGGGCUGUUGAAGAAAUCUAUCUUCUGAAAGAGAAGAAUGACGUUGUGGAUAUGAACUGUGGGUCUCAUGGUCCUGAGAUGAAUUUUCAUCUGAUGAAAACAGAUGCUAAGUUAGUGCCUGACCAAUCCCAAGUGGCAGUUAAAGAAGUAAACGCUCAGGAAGUAGCUCUUGACCCGGAGAAUAAGAGUGUUAAAUCUAGCAUUUCUGAUCUAAGUUUUGAUUCUCAUGCUUCUCUUUAUCGAUCAGCUAAUGAUCAACCUCAAGGGGCUUGUGGUGAAAUAAAUCUGAAAGCGUUAAAUGUUGAUAUGGAAGUUAAGAGCUAUGGGUGCUCCAGUUCUGAGUUGAGUUUUGAUUCCGAUCCUCCUCUUAUGUCAGUUACUGAGUAUACUGAGCUGGAUGUUGAAGAAAUAAGAAAGAAGCACAUUAACCUGGAAGAUGAGAGCUUUGAGUCAAUUAGCUCCAAAAUAACUUUUGAUUCUGAUAUUCCUCUUCACUCAGUAGCUGACCAAUCUCAAAUAGCCAUUUAUGAGGAAGAGUCUAUUGAUCUGGGAAAUAAGAGUAAUGAAUCUUGUGUUUCUGAAAUAACUUUUGAUUCUGAUAUACCUCUUCAUUCAGGGAUUUAUCAACCUGAAGUAGCUGCUAAAGAAACAUUCAUUCAGAAAGAAGAGUAUAUACACUUAGGAGGGAAGGAUGAUGAACCCACCAGUUCUGAAAUAAGUUUGGAUUCUUAUAUCCCUUUUCACUCAGUGGUUAACCAUCCAGAAGAAGCUGUUAAAAAGCUAAAUCCUCAAAAAGAAGAGUGGGCACCCUUAGAAAAUAAGGAAAAUGAACCUUGUGGUUCUGAAUUAAGUUUUGAUUAUGAUGUUUUUCGUUCAAUGACUGGAUGUUCUGAAGAUGCCAUUAAAGAAAGAAACCUUCUGAAAGAGGAGAUUAUAUACUUAGAAAGUAAGGGUAAUGUACCUGUUGUUUCUGAAAGCAGUAUGAAGUCUGAUAUUUCUUUUCAUUUAGUGACUGAUCAUCCUGACAUAGCUAUUAAAGAAAUAAACCAAAAAGAAGAACAUGUAAAUUUAGCAGAUAAGCGUAAUGAGUUAAGUGCUUUUGAAACAAGUUUGGAUUCCGAUAUCCCUCUUCAGUCAGUGAUUCACAAACCUGAAGUAGUUGUUAAAGAACUAUGGCUUCAAAAAGAAAAGCAUGCUAAGUUAAAAGGUAAAAGUGCUAAAUUUAGUGGUUCUGAAAUAAAUUUAGAUUCUGAUUAUUCAAUGACUGAACCUCAAAUAGCUGUUAGAGAAAUAGAUGUUCAGAAAGAAGAACAUGUUGUUCUAGAGAACAGGAGUAAUAAAUAUAGUGGUUCUGAAAUAAUUUUGGACUCUGAUGUCCCUCUUCAGUCAAUGAAUGAAAAACCUCAAAUAAGCAUUUUAAAGGAGGACAAUGUUGACCCAGAAGAUGAAAGUACUGGACCUAGAGGUUUUGAAAAAAAUUUGGGUACUGAUACCCCUCUUCAUUCAGUCAUUGACCAACCUCGACUAGCCCUUUUGAAGGAAAAACAUGUGGAACUGGAAGAUACAAACAAUGAAUCUAGUGAUGGUAAAAUAGCUUUUCAUUCUGAUGACCCUCUUCAGCCAUUGACUGAACAAUUUCAGGAAGUGGUUGAAAAAACGAACCUGUGGAAAGAAGAGGAUAUGGGCCAGAAGAAUAAGGUUGAUGAACCUAAUGCUUCUAAAUUAAUACAUAAUUCUGAUGUUUCUCUUCUGUCUGUGUCUGAUCAACCUGAAGUAGCUAUUAAACAAAUAAACCUCAAGAAUGAAGGUCAUGUGUACUUGGAAGAUAUGAACAGCCAAUAUAGUGGUUCUGAAAUGAGUUUGAAUUCUGAUCUCUUGGUUCAGUCAAUAGUUGAUCAUCCUCAGAUAACUAUUUUGGAGCAGGAGCAUACUGAGCUAGAGGAUAAGCACAAUCAAUCUUGUGGUUCUGAAAUAAGUUUUGAUUCUGCUGAACCCCUUCAGUCAGUGGCCAACCAGCUUAGAGAAACUGUUAAAGAAGUAAGCCUUUGGAAGGAUGAAGUUGACAUGGAAGAUAAGAGAGAUGAAUCUAAGUGUUUUGAAAUUGUGUAUGAUUCUGAUGUCCUUUUUCAGCCAGUGGCUGGCCAAACUAAAGCUGUUAAGGAGAUCAACCUUUGGGAAGAGGAUGUUGACUUGGAAGAUAAGGUUGUCAAACCUAGUGAUUCAAAAAUAAAUUUUGUUUCUGAUGAACCUCUUCAGUCUGUGGCUAAUGAAAUUCAAGAGGAUAUUACAGAAAUAAAUCUUCUGAGGGAGGGACAUGUUUGUCUGGGUACUAAGAGCUAUGAACCCAAUGAUUCUGAAGUCAUUUAUGUUUCAAAUGCCCAUCUCCAAUCAGUGGUUGAGCAACCACACAUAUUGGAAGAGCAACAAGCCAGUUUGGAAGAUAAGAGCAGUGAUCCUUGUGGUCCUGAAAUAAGUUUUGUUUCUGAUGAUCCCCUUCAGUUAGUGACUGGACAGCUUCAGAAAGCUGUUGAAGAAAUAGGUAUUUGGGAGGAAGACCAUGUUUACCUGGAAGAUAAGAGAUAUAAACUAGGUGAUUUUGAAGUAAGUUAUGAUUCUGAUGUUGACUUCAUAGCUGGGCAUUCUCCUGUGGCUGUCAAAGAAAUAAACUUGCAAGAGAAGGAUCAUGACCUUCAUGAGAACUGUGAACUUAGUGUUUCUGAAAUAAAAUGUGAUUCUGGUGUUCAUCUUCACUUAGCAGUUGACCAACCUCAAGUGGUUUGCAAAGAAGUAAACCUUCAGAUGGAAAAGCAUCUUGGCAUGGAAGAAAGAGUCAGUGAACCUAGUGAUUCUGAAAUAAUGUGUGAUUCUGAUGUUCCUCUUCAAAUAGUGAUAAACGAACUUCAAGUGUCAGACAAAGAAACAAAUCUUCAGAAGAUGCUAUUUGUGGACCUGAUGACAAGUGAUAAUGAUUGUGAAAUGGUUUCAGAUUCUGAUGUCCCUUUUCAGCCAGUGAUUGACUCACCUCAGAUGACUGUCAAUGAAAUCAGCUGUAUAAAUGCAGAAAGUUUUGUUCCAGAGGAUGAGAACUGUGACUCUUGUGAUUCUGAACUAGGAUAUGUUUGUGAAGCCUCUCCUGAAUCAGUGACAAACCAUUCCAAAAAGACCUUUAAAGUAGUAAACCAGAAGCAAGACUAUAUUAUUCUGGAAGAGACAAGCUGUGAGCCUUAUAUUUCUGAACUAAAUAUUCAAAUUGAUGCCUCUCAUCAGUCCAUGACUUCCCAGUCACAAGAGCCUGGGAAAAAAAAAGCCAAAUAUGUUGACCAUGAAGAUAAGAGCUGUCAAUCUAAUCAUCCUAAAAUAAAUUUUGAACAGGAGGCAACUUCUCAGCCAGUGACUCAGCAACGCCAGAAGGCUAACAAAGGAGUCAACCUUUGGAAAGAUGUAGAAAAUAUUGGCCUAAAAGAUAACUGUGAAUCUAGUGUUUCUGCAAUUUAUUGUAAUGAGUCUCCUGAGUUGGUGAUUCAUCAAAUGACUGAUAAAGAAAACCUUUUGAAGUUAAAACAUACCGAUCUAGAAAGUAUGAGCUGUGAACCUUGUGGUUCUGGGAUGAAUUUUCAAUGUGAUCCCUCUUUUCAGUCUGACAAUGACCAGCCUCAAGAAGCUGUUAAUAAAAUAGACCUAUUUGAGAAGAUGUCUUUUGACCUGAAAGAAACAAACCAUAAUUCCCAUUCAGGCUCUGUUCCCAUGGUUGAUUCUAUACGGAACCUGGAAAAAGCAAAGGAAGUCAUAGAAGAUGAUCCUGAUGAACCUGUUCUUGAAGGCUUGCCUCAUGUUCCUCCUUCAUUUGUGGGGAAAACAUGGUCUCAGAUAAUGAGAGGAGGUGAUGUGAAAAUUAAUGCUCUAGUGAAGGAAUUUAAGAAAGGUCAUUUCCACUGUUACUUUGAUGAUGACUGUGAGACCAGGAAAAUUAAAAAAAAAAAAUCGAAUGAAGGAAAAAAGAUUACCUGGACUGACCUCAAUCAGGACACUACAUCAAUUCAAGUUCUUUCGGAUUGUGAUGAUAAUGCAGGUGGUAUUUCAGAUAUUGAUGACUUUUCAGUGGCCUUAGAUAAACCUAGCCAUUAUCCUUCAGCAAAGAAGCAUUUUGAACAAACAUGCCAAGUGGCUUCUCCAUGCCAGGCUAUAAAAGUCAGCCAUGGAACUCAAACCAAUCUCGCAAGUCACCCAGGGACAAAAAGAAGAACUGGACAAGAGAAAGACUCUCCAGUAAGGAAACGUUUACUUUUACAGAAUGACAGAAAAACAAGAAAGAAAGUAAAAAUUGGAAAAGUUGAAUUUCCUGAAUCAUGUAUUACAGUUUUGAAGCCUUUGCAACCAAAUGCCUUAAUUUAUGUUCUUUCUUCAAAUAUUAAGCUGAAGAAAGGUGAAUCCAACAACUUCUCUAAAAGGAGGCACAGUAGUAGAAAUAAUUGGGAUCUUAGCAUACAGUACAAAUUUAACCAGAGUUCCUUUAAUUGUUAUGACCCACUGAAUAAGCAGCUUGUAACUGAUCCUUCUUUGAACGUAGAAGUACCAGGGCCUGACAGGAAUAACUGUGUGGAAAUUCAUUUUAGCCACCUAAAUUCUAAUGCAGGAGAUGAUGAUACUUAUGUACAAAGCUCUGCUUCAGCACCUUUUAUGACAGUGUCAGUAGGACAUGAAUUAAUGUCACAUCAGGAGGCCAGUGAAUCUGUGUUUCUGGAAAAAUCCAAGAUUUUGAAUUCUAGUGAAGUUUCAAAAGAAAGUAAUUUCCAGUCAACUCUUUUAAAUCAUGAUGUUGCCAAAAUUUCUCUGAAAUCAAUUAGAAAUAGGUUUUUGGAAAGUAAAAGGAAAAUUCAGAGACGGAAGGUGACAACUAAUAAUAAGCCAGGUUUUCCCAAAGAAGGUUGUAGACCAGUUAUUCCCCAACAAAAAACCAGAAUUGCUUCAGAAAAACGGUCGAUUUGGAUUCAGACCAAACUAAGUGAUAUAAUUAAAAAGUAUAUUCCAAAAUACUCUGUUUUUUUGCGUCACAAAUAUCGGUCCAGGAGCACUUUUGUUAGGAUGCGUCUUAUGAAGAAAAAAUCUGAUGUCAGUAGGUUAAAGCAGGCAAAGAGACCAGCUAAAAUUCUUUCAAAUGCCUCGUUUCCAUCAGCUGGAGCUGAAGAGCAGUCAAGAGCUAUAGCAAGCUCUUCUCCCAAGCAACCUGUGCGGGGCUCUUCUGCCAUUGCAGGAAGUAAAAAGAAUGGUAAUAAAAAACGCCCUAGAAGACAACGAAGAAAGCCUUCUAGACCUGUUAGAACAUAUGCUUUGAGAAGUUCGUAUUCUGGUAUACCAUAUUCUGAUAGAAUGAGGACUCGGCUCUCUAACAAAUUGUGAGGUAAUGAGGUAAACUAGAGGUGUUUCUAUUAAGGGCUAGUUGAGGAUUCAGUACUUCAAUUGAAAAUAUAUUUGGUACCUAGUGUACAUAGCUUUCCUAACUUUGGUGAAAAAAAUGCACCUUCAACUAUUUUGCUAUAGACUUAUUUUUCAGAACUUUUAUAUUAAUUUAAAGUUAGCGUUUAGUGUCCUUUUUUUUAAAAUUAAAAAACUUCCUUUGUCCAUUUGCUGUGGAAGAGCUUCAUCUAAAUUUAUAUCACAAAAUUUAGUGCAGUAUAUACAACUUUCUCCCUCAAAUCAUUUCCCUCUUAUUUACUUUUUAUGAUUGUGUCUCUCAUGUCAGCAGGUUAUAUUAUUGCAAGA